AUGGCUCAAAUCGAGUACCUUGCCAUGGAACGAUGGAUUGAUAGUAAAUCUGCAGAAGCAAAAUAUGACCUCUCCAGCUCAUGUGCCAAAAUCAUCUCGAUACAGGAUCUAACGGCUCUAUCUGAAGAUAAGUCGGAGUCGAACGAAGGCCCUCUGUCCACCCAGGUCCUAUCUAGAUGUCUUGGAUAUGGCGAAAUGGCGGGUUCGACGGCGCUGCGUUCAACGCUCGCUGGCCUUUAUUCGGUCAAGACGCCUGUUCCACUGCCAAUCGAGAAUGUUACUAUUACCAGCGGUGCAUCUCUGGCCAACUACUUGGUUUUCCAGGCCCUGUGCAAGCCGGAUGAUCAUGUAAUUGUUCAUUAUCCUACCUACCAGCUGCUGUAUUCGGUCCCCCAGUCACUCGGGGCCGAUGUCACUCUAUGGAAAGCUAAGGAAGACGACAAGUGGAAGCUUGAUGUUGAGGAGCUAAAGGGCCUCAUUAAACCAAAUACAAAGAUGAUCGUGCUAAACAACCCUCAAAAUCCCACGGGUGCAAUCAUUCCUCGCACCACCCUAAAGGAAAUUAUAGCUAUCGCCAGGGAACAUUCGAUCGUUGUCUUUAGCAAUGAAAUCUUCAGGCCUCUCUUCCACUCCGUCCACCCUGGAGAUGAAGAGUUCCCACCCUCUGUUCUAUCUCUCGGGUACGACGAUGUGAUAGUAACCGGCUCGAUGUCGAAAGUGUAUUCCUUACCUGGAAUCCGCGUUGGCUGGAUCGCAUCUCGCAACAAGAAACUUAUCGACCAGUGCACAAAACUGCGUUCAUACACUACUAUUUCCGUUAGCCAGCUUGACGAAGCAGUCGCCGCAUAUGCUUUGGAUGGUAGUUGCUUGCACGCUCUGUUAAAGCGCAACACAGACCUCGCGCGACAGAAUCUUGCCCUCCUCGUAUCCUUCAUAGAAAAGUACAAGUGGGCAUGCGAGUGGGUAAAGCCAGUUGCUAGCAGCGUUGCAUUCGUCAAGUUCGCAAAGAUGGGUAAGCCUGUGGAUGACCUUGAGUUCUGCGCUCAGUUACUGCAGAAGAAAGGCGUGCUGCUGGUUCCUGGCGCGCAGUGCUUUGGCCCCGGCGAGUAUACGGGCUAUGUUCGUGUUGGGUAUGCGAUUGACGCCAAAGAGUUCGAAGCUGGCUUGGACCUGUUGAAGGAAUUCAUGGAAGAGGAGUAUGAGAAUAUCCCGUUGGCCGGACGAAAGCUUGCGAUACGAUAA